AUGCCCUCAUUCCUCCCCCAGAGUCUUCGCGCUCUGCGGACUUUCUCAACCAAAACUACAUUCACCACCUCAACCCGCUUUCUCUCAACACAGCUCGCACGGCCCCAACCUCUUGCCCGAACCUCAAUCCUUGGCCAAGAACGCUUCAAAUUCCCAUUGGCCAUCCGCUAUAACUCCACAUCCAACCCUCUAACCGCGGACCCUGUCCAACCCGAAACGGACGCUGAGCGCGAGCGCAAGAACGAAGAGCGUCGCAAGAACGAAGAAGCCUACCAAAUCACCUUCACCUGCAAACCAUGUGGUGAGCGAUCAUCACACCGCAUGUCGAAGCAAGGCUACCACCGUGGCACGGUGUUGAUCCAAUGUCCGUCUUGUCAGAAUCGGCAUGUGAUGAGUGAUCAUCUGGGUAUCUUCUAUGAUGAAAAAACAACAUUAGAAACCAUAAUGCUUGAGAAGGGAGAGUCCAUAAAGCAUGGGAAGAUGCAAGGGAGCUUUGAGUUCUGGGAUGAUGGCACGACGAAGACAUUUAAUGAUGGAGGUGCCAAAGCUCAGCAGGCCGAGGAUGAAGUCGAGGAUAAGCCUGUUUUGGGUUAA